AUGAACGACUCGCCCCCCACAGACAUCCCCCCCAUCCUCCUCCCCCUCCUCGCAGCCCUCUCCUCCCUCCUCCACACUACCCAGCACCUCUUCGACUCCCUCCCCGGCUCCCCCAUCAUCCUCCGCUACAUCAGGUCGUCUUAUCAGAACGACCCGUGGCGCAGUCUCCUCGAAGUCUUGCUCGUCGCUUUUGCGAUCCGCACACUUCUCAAGGGGCGAACCCGAGGAGAGGAAGAGGGCAAGAAUGUCAUCAAGUUUAAGGAACAUGAAAUCGACGAGCUCGUGGACGAGUACCAGCCUGUGCCCCUCGUCGAGGAGCUCGUAGACUACGACGCGCACACCCUCGAAACUGUUCCCAUCGUCCACGGCCCCAACGGUGCCCGCGUCAAGCUCUCGCCCAACGGCAAGUCUGUGCUCAACAUGGCCAUCCCCGACUGGACGGGUCUUGUGGAAAACGACAAGGUCAAGUCUAUCGCUAUUGACACCCUACGCGAGUACGGUGUGGGGUCUUGUGGUCCUUCAGGUUUCUACGGUACUAUCGACGUUCAUCAACAAUUUGAGCGCGAUAUCGCUGAAUUCAUCGGUACCGAAUCGGCCAUCAUCUACUCCCAGUCCUUCUCCCUCGUCUCUUCCGUCAUUCCCGCUUUCGCCAAGCGUGGCGAUAUCAUCGUUGCCGACCGCGGUGUCAACUUUGCCAUUCACAAGGGUCUUCAGCUCUCUCGAUGCCAGAUCAAAUGGUAUGCCCAUGGCGACAUGGCCGACCUCGAGAGGGUGCUGCAGAGUGUGGAGAAGGACAGGAAGAGAAAGGGCAGCAAGUUGACAAAGAUGUUUAUCGUCGCUGAGGGUAUCUUUGAGAAUGACGGUAUGAUGCUGGACUUGCCUAAAGUCAUCGAGCUCAAGAAAAAGUACAAGUACCGCCUCAUACUCGACGAGUCCCAGUCUUUCGGCAUGAUCGGUCAGCAUGGCAAGGGUAUCACCGAGUACUUUGGUAUCCCCGCCACCGAAGUCGACAUGCUCCUCGGUUCCAUGGCUGUCGGUCUUGCCACCGGUGGUGGUUUCUGUGCCGGCUCCCAGGUCGUGUGCAAGCACCAGCGUAUCAAUUCGUCCGCCUCCGUCUUUUCUGCCUCUCUCCCCGCGCUGCUCGCCACCACCGCUUCCUUUGGCUUGACCGUGCUCAAAGAGGGCGGUGCUCUCAACACCCUCCAGGCCAACAUUGCCCUCUUCCGCCAACAACUCGUCAAACUCGAGCCUUCCGCCGACGACGCCCACCCCAACAAAGACGCCCUCAUCUCCAUCCCCUCCCACCCCUCUUCCGCGCUCAUCCACAUCUUCCUCAUCAACCCUCCCCCCACGCUCGACGCGGAAGAACGUGUCUUGCAGGAUAUCGUGGAAGAAGCGCUGUCGAGCCAUGGGGUGUUGUUGACGAGGGCGAGGAGGUUGAGGGGGCAGGAAGUGUUUGAGCACGAGCCGAGUUUGAAGAUGUGUGUGAGUAGUGUGUGGGGGAGGAAGGAGGUGGAGAAGGCGGGCCAGGGGGUGAAGGCUGCUAUCCAGAAAGUCGUCGGUAAACGUCGUUGA